UUCUUUGGUGUCUGCUUUUCUUCUGGUUAAAAGAGUCUUUGUUCAGAGACAGUUGGACCUGCGUGUAGCUGUGUAGCUGUAUUCCUCACCUGUUCAGAGCAGGGGAUAAAGAGUACGUUUAGAGGCAUACUGAGCAAACUGUUUGGAUUUAUCACUCAGGAAGGCAAUUUUCAUGCAGUUUACACUUUAAAGAUGUGAUGAUUCUGAUUGAUUUUAAAAGGCAUCUUUUUUUUUACUAAUUGUGGUAACUUCCAUCAAAAGUUUUAACACAGCCUAAAGUCUGGACUAUUGAGAAUAUAUUUAUUAUUUGGACAGAAAAUCUCCCUGAAGUUUUCUGUAGAAAUGUUUGUACGUUGAUCAGUUGACUUUAAGGGAACUUUAUCUAAAAGAUGAGCCUGAGUCAGUGUUUGUUCUUCCAUCAAGUAUGAAUCACACGUUGUCCCUAUCUGAUUGGAUCGAGUGCAGGGUACCUACUGGAUCUUUGAGGCAGAGUCCUCUCUUAUAGUGGAGAGAACGAGCGUUGUAGGAUCUCCAGCUCUCAGCAAUAACAAGGAAAGUAGAAAAGACGCACCUCACUGGGGUUUCAGUUCAGGAGUUUUUAAAAGACUUAAGCAUUGAUGUGUGUAUUUCAGUAAAAGAUUUAAAGACUUAAGUCUUGAACUGAUUCUGUGGUUGAAUAACAAUCCACUGGAGAGUGUUUUGGUUUUACCAAACGGAAACUCAAACUUACUAACAACGAGCAAACAGUCCUCAGGGUUUAAGACCUCAUCUGAUCAUAGCAGAGUUGAGACAUCGACCUGAACAAUGUCUUGUAUUGUUCUCUCACUGCUGCUGUUCCUCUUUGUGUUUGGAGCGUCCCAAGCCUGCCUGCAGGACCCCUCUUCAGCCUACAGAUUCACCGGGGCAGUAUGUCGGCUCACCUAUCCAGCAGCUGUUGUGUUGAAUGAGAAAACCACUAAAGUGAUCGAGGCAGCAUUCCAACAUGCCAGAUAUCCAAGUGUGAAGGGAGAGAAAUCCUUGCUCGGGAUAGGAGCGGUUAAAUAUGGCCUUCACAAUUUGGAGAUUCAUAACCUGUCUAUUGGUGGGAGUGAGUUUGAACUGCAUCCAGGUGAAGGCAUCAGCAUGGAGAUCAGCAACGUGUCGGCAAUCUUUAAAGGAACCAUCCAGUACGGAUACGGCAGCUGGCUAGUGAACAUUCAACAUUCAAUUGAUUUUGAAAUUGAGUCUCAGAUUGAUCUUGGCAUCAACCCCAAACUUUACUGUGGAGAAGGAAAGGUAGCAGCAGACACAUCAGACUGUUAUUUGAACUUUCACAAGCUCCGUCUGCACCUGCAGGGGGACAAAGAACCAAACUGGCUGAAGAAGCUGUUCACUGACUUCAUCACCUUUACUGUCAAACUGGUCAUUAAAAAACAGAUCUGUAAGGAGAUCAACAAGGUGGCAAAUAUUCUGGCUGACUUCAUUCAAGACACGGCAGAGCACUUUCUCAGUGAUGGAGACAUCAGUGUGGAUAUUGGUGUAACUGCAGUUCCUGUCAUCACUGCAAACUACAUAGAAUCCUAUCACAAGGGGUUGACCAAUUACAACAACAUAUCAGCUGUCAUCAAUGACUCAGUUUUCAACCCCAGUCAGCUGACUGAAAACCGGAUGCUCUACUUCUGGCUGUCAGAUCAGCUUUUUAACCCACUGCUUAGUGCUGCCCACCGAGAUGGUCGUUUCCAACUCCGCCUCUCUGGAGCAGAGCUCACUGAGCUUCUCAACACAGGUCUCUCCAGUUCUAUGCCUGAAUCCAUCAGAACGUGUCUGUUAGAAUCAGGUUCUCCAGAGCUAAGAGUUUGGAGUUCAUCUGCUCCCCACCUAAAAACUUCGACCUCAGGGACGAGCAUCUGGGCGAAGGCCUCAGGGCAGCUCCACUGUGGGAGUCAAGGCACACCUGCACUCUUCUUUCAAAUGAAUGUGGUCAUGGAUGUCACAGCUUCCUAUGCUGACAAGAGACUCUUCCUGAAAGGAAACACAUCAGAGAUCUUCAUACUCCAAGCUGAACUACUGUCACAGAAUGGACAGCUGCUGGAUGAGGCACAACAGGAAUUUUUAAGAGAGGCAGUAGAGAAGAUUGGCAUACCAAAAGUUCUGUCAGUUCUAGAGAUUGAGCUAACCAGAGUGUUGGACAAACAGGGAACUAAUUUAUUCGACAUCUUUAACCCAGAAGUGCUUCCUCAGGAUGGCUUUGUGGUGGUUCAAAUGGAUUUUGGUUUCCCUCAUCACCUCCUGGUCGAGUUCUUAAAGAAGACUCUGCAGUAAUGGAGCAACCCUGAUGUGUUAAUCAUGAAUCCCUCUAAAAGCAUAUGAACCCACACACAUCAUGACAUUUUAUAUUCUUAAUCAUUAAAAAUAUUCAGACCA